AUAUAUGGGCCCAGCCGCUUGGACUCCGACAUACCAUUCUCCUCUCUAACCAACCAGGAGCAAAGCUCAGAGAGAGAAAGUUUGCAUGGCAGCCGCAGAGACACUCAUACACACAAAUGGAAGUCGUUUCAUGUCAAAGCUGUAACAGUGAAGUUUUGAGUUUUGCUGAAAGCUGAAAGAUGGUGAUGUUUGCUUUCGCGGUGUGUGUGUGUCGGGCAGUUAUUAUUCUGUUGUUGACGUUUGUGUUCGGGGGAGUCGAGAAGCAAGUUCAGGGAGUGACUUUUAAUAAUAAAUAACACAAGGAACAAAACAAGAAACACAAGGAACAAAACAAGAAACACAAGUUGCGUACAGACAUGAAACAACGGAAUAGAAACUAUAACGCCUAGGGAAAGAACCAAAGGGAGUGACAUAUAUAGGGAAGGUAGUCAGACAGGUGAUUGAAUCCAGGUGAGUCUGAUGAGGCACUGAUCCGGGUAUCGAUGGUGACAGGUGUGCGCAAUAAUGAGCAGCCUGACGACCUCGAGUGCUGGAGAGGGAGUAUACGUGACUGUAACCCCUCCCUGACACGCGCGCAGGACACCGACCAGAGUGUCGGUCCCAAGGACCAGGAACCGGUCGCUUAUGGUGAGGUGCGGGAACCUGUCGAACCGGCUGAGGCACGGGAACCUGACUAGGAUCCCCUGCUUGCUUUCUACUAUCUCUCUUGUGUCUCUGUGUGUUUAGACCUGCCUGGCUUGGAGUUCACUUCACAGACUUUAAACGCGAACUAGGAACGACACCUCUACCCACAGAAAACGACUGGCCGCAUCAGUCCGCAUCAGGCUGCGUUCAGAACAACAGUUCACCUGCGUCCGAAGCCCGGAACACUCUCUGCUCCGUUCGGGAACACGACUGUACCCUACCCAAGACAAGUCCCCGCUCUUUCUUUCUCAAAGACUGGAGCGAUGGAUUCAUUUUUGACAAUUACUGCUGCCCUUCUACUAGUUGGGUUUCUAUCUUCGACUGCUUCCAGACAGUUCGACACUGAAUGUUACACAGCCAAUGGAGGGGACUACAGGGGCUGCCAAAACCAGACGAGCCUCCUUGGGGGCAAGCCAUGCCUCUUCUGGAAUGAGACCUUCCAGCACCCCUACAACACCCUCAAGUACCCCAACGGAGAGGGGGGUCUUGGCAGCCACAACUACUGCAGGAACCCUGAUGGUGACGUCCAGCCGUGGUGUUACAUCGCUGACCACGAAGAAGGAAUCUACUGGAGAUACUGUGACAUCUCCACCUGUCAGAUGCCAGGUAACCUGGGCUGUUUCAAAGACAGUGGAGACCCUCCCACCCUGACAGGGAGCAGUGAGACCUCCAACAAACUCACCAUCCAGAACUGCAUCAGCUUUUGCCGCAAACAGAGAUACAAGCUAGCUGGGAUGGAGUCUGGUUACGCCUGUUUCUGUGGCAACGACCUGGACCAGCAUCACCAUGGCAAAGCACCCAGUAUGGAGUGCAACCAUGUGUGUUUUGGUGACCACACCCAGCCCUGUGGAGGAGAUGGAUGGGUCAUCAUCUUCGACACUCGUGUUGGGGCGUGCGGGGGUAACUACUCUGCUCCCUAUGGGGUGGUCUACUCCCCUGACUUCCCUGAUAAGUACGAGGCAGGGAGGGUCUGCUACUGGACUGUCCAGGUACCUGGAGCCUCCAUGAUCCUGUUCAACUUCACCUUCUUCGACAUCUCGGACCAGACAGACAUGGUGGAAAUGCUGGAUGGCUAUACCACCCAGGUGUUAGCACGGUUCGACGGCCGCAACUCGCCCCAGGACCUGGUCAACGUCACUGGAGACUUUGUCAUCCUCUACUUCUACUCAGACCACACCAACCAAGCACAGGGCUUCUCUGUCACAUACCAAGCGCUGAGAGGCCUGGACACCAGACCUAUGGAUGAGGAUGAGAAGGAAGAUGAGGACACUAGUACAGUGAAGCCUCUGCUUAACGGCGUAACGGAGAAGUCUAACGGGAGUGAUAACGGACGUUCCUCUCAAAUCCUCUAUGUGAUAACGUCCAGUCCCGGUAAACCAGACCACAACAUGCCAGGUCAGUGGGCCGGACCCAACGGGACCAACGGACACACCUCUAUGUGGACCAUCUACGCCCUAGCUGCUCUCCUGACUCUGACAGUCAUAGCCAUGGUGGCUAAACUACUACUGCAUAUUACAGUGAAGUCUCCCAACAUCCCGACCAGCAGUGGUUCAGAGAGCUGCAGCGUGCAGAGUGCUGCGUCCGAGCCCUGGAUCAUCUUCUACCGGCCCUCCACCAUCUCCCUCUUCAAGAAGAAGCUAAAGAACCACCACGGAGACCUCAGCCCUCUGGUGGGCAACUAGCGAACUGCAGUCUGGUCUACUAACAUCAUCACCAUCAUGUACCAGGGCCUAGCGUACCAGAGCUAGUUAUAGAGCUAGCCCCUCUACCAAUGAGACUCUAUGGGGUACUGAGCUACAAAGCUAACAUAAUCACUAAUGACUGAUUCACUGACUCACUGAGUGACUACUACCAAAUGGCCCAAGAGCCAAGUCCCGAAAGGGGAUCCAGACAGGGCUGUCUGUGUCUGCUGUGUACAAGGCAGGAGGGGAGGGCAGCUAUACAGUGUGAGGUGGAUGUUUUACUGUAGGGAACUCAUCUUCUAUGGGUUCCACUUCCAUUGUCCAUGGAUGUCUGAGAGCAUUGCAGUCCUCCUCUAGAGACAAGGGUUGGCUGGGGCCAAAGCAAGCAGUUUCCAUAGGAUUCCUCCAGAAUGCAGGCCUUUCAUUUUAACUGUGUGCCGGUGGGGCACAAAAUGUCUGACAAUCUCUCCAAAUUCGCUAACCUGCGAACAACUGAGGGAGCCAUGCAUAUUCCCCAUCAGUGACUGUCAUAGGUGUCUCACAGAACAAGGUGUUGGAUCACAAGGGGUCAGAGUAAGGCCUAGAUUCAAUCAGAUCAAGUGUUAAACAGCGAUAUCUGAUGUUUUGGUGGUGUCAGAGUUGUAACUGUUGGAGCAGUCAAAUCGGUUAGCAGGUGCUCUUGAUCAUUGUCACAAAGCCACACCCGCAGCUCACGUUAGAAGUUCAGAACGAGAAAAUGUAGGCUGUCUAGAAAUAAUGACACUCAAAUUAAAAAUCAUUAGACGAAGAAAGCGUAAUCGAGGUAUAGAUUACAACUCACAUUCCAGUGUUCGAACUUGUAGAGAGGGCUGCUUGGGAUUUCUCUUAAUGCGACUCCGUGCAGCCAAUGGUAAAGUCCGCUUUAGGUAUAAUGCCACUUAUGGAUUUGAAAGUUCUAAAGCAGUUCCACCACCGACACUGCUAUCUCUUCCACACCGCCUCUGGAGGAAACUGUAUCAAGAGUCUCUUCCAUGGCCACUGGUGGAUGAGGGAUGUGGUUUCAUUAAACAACUGCCGUUCAAAAGAGUGUUUGAAAUGCUCAGAGGUUCUCUCUCAUCCGCUCGGCUGUGGUUCUUAUCUUUCUGGUUGAACUAUGUUUAAGUGCCUUAAGGAUCUUAAAGAAGCCUGCUAUGGCUUCUUUCCCUCUCCCCUCCUCCCCUCCUUCUCACUGUCUUUGAGUCUAUUGCUUGUGGUCCCCACCCUAUGAGAGACCAUGUCGAUGGGAUUUACUGUAGCGUGGGCGAGACUUGGGAAAAAGGUUUGCUUCAUUUUUGUAUCUUUUUCUUUCUGUGUGCUCUUAUGCGUAGUCUUCUUGGACAUUACUGAACAUAUUGCUAUCGUUAUGUUGCCAUUUGAUUACAAGGAGGGGGUAAAUUGUGUUGUAUAUUGCGUAAUUCAAUGUGGGGGAUGAUGAUGAUGACAUAUGUCCUGCUCUUUCAUUUUGUGUCUCGGCAAAGCAAUGGCAAAAUCCUUCAAAGUCGUUUUUGUACUUACUCAUCAACUGCUACUUAGCUCGGAGGUUGGAGCACAUUUCCCUCCCCCCCUGUCUUCAGCAGCAGAUUCAUUCCCACAUUCAGAGGGCUCACGAGACCCAAACAACCUCUCUCAACUUACAGCUAAAGCACAAAUAAUAUGGAAUGAAUGAAUGAAAGUACUCGUGAUGGUCCACUGUGGAAGGCAAACGACUGUUGCAGUCCGGCGUGUUUCUGUGAGCAUUGAGGACACGUUGUAAGUUAACAAUGCAUUAAUGUGCCCCUUGAAUACAGCAGGUUGGAAUUCCAUAAAGAGAGGUUGAACCAUCGAUGAAAUAUAUGUUAAUAUAUAUUACAUUAUACUGUAUAUGUAUAAUAAUGUUAGAAUUCUAUUUCUAUGGCUUUGUUUUUCCCAACAAUCUCAAACCCAGUGAAAGCUGAUUAAUCUGGUCCAAACGUCAAUGCACUUAAAUAUGCCUCUACUUGUAUGGUGACAGAUAAAUAAUACUGAAAUCUAGUUUGGCUCUUAUUUGCUCUCGAAACCAAAAACCGUUUGAAACUGAUGAUAGGAGAUUUGCAAAAGUGCAAACUUGACAUUGAGAGCACUUGCAACAAAAGGGUUAAAGUUGAUAUGCAAAAUUGUAUGGAUAGAUUACAUUUUAGGUAGUGUAACUUGGUCAAAAAAUACUUUCAUUUCACCUCAUUUUAACAUUCUGUCAUAAACAGCACAUGUUCAACGACAUAAAACAACAUGUUUUCCCACCCCAAGGGGUAUUUUUGUUUUACUAUUGUAAGUGCCAAUAAAGUACCAUUAAAGUAACAGAGUUGUAUAUACUCUAGAUGAUACUCUCCAUUUUGGCACUCCCCCACUUUUGUAAAAAAAAUAUACAUUUUGGAAGCUAUGGAAAUGCAUUUAUUAACGUCUACAUUUGUUUUUGUCACAUUUAUUAUUAUUUUUAUUUGACAUAAAAUUAUGUUUGCUAAACAUAAAAAUUCCAAAUGAAUAAAUAAAUAAAAACAUUUUCCUUAAAGUAUC